AUGGACGAGCUCCAGCUCGGCAUGGACCUGGUCGCCAGGAACGGGGUCGCCGUCGGCGGUGCUGGCGAGCGCCCCUCAUACUACAAGGCCAUCGGGAUAGGCCUCGCCGUCGGCUCCGGCCUCUUCAUCGGAACCUCGUUUGUCCUCAAAAAGGUUGGCCUGCUCCGCGCCAACGAAAAGUACAAUGAGGUGGCCGGCGAGGGCUACGGCUACCUCAAGAACGCCUUUUGGUGGUCCGGCAUGACCCUCAUGAUCCUCGGCGAGAUCCUCAACUUUGUCGCCUACGCCUUCACCGACGCCAUCCUCGUCACGCCCCUCGGCGCCCUCUCCGUCGUCAUCACCACCAUCCUCUCCGCCAUCUUCCUCAAGGAGCGCCUGAGCAUGGUCGGCAAGGUCUCGUGCUUCCUGUGCAUCGUCGGCUCCGUCGUCAUCGUCAUGAAUGCGCCACAAGAGUCGUCCGUCAAGAACAUCCAAGAGAUGCAGGCCCUCUUCAUCACCCCCUGGUUCCUCUCCUAUGCCGGCGUCAUCAUCGCCGGCUCUGUCGCCACCGCCCUGUUCGCCGGGCCCCGCUGGGGAAACAGAAACAUGCUCGUGUACAUCUCGAUAUGCAGCUGGAUCGGGGGCCUCAGCGUCGUGUCCACCCAGGGCCUUGGCGCCGCCAUCAUUGCCUGGAUCGGAGGCGACCCUCAGUACAAGCACUGGUUCCUCUGGGUGCUCUUCGUCUUUGUCAUCGGCACGCUGCUCACCGAAAUCAUCUUUCUCAAUAAAGCCCUCAACAUCUUCAACGCCGCCGUCGUCACCCCCACCUACUACGUCUACUUCACCAGCACCACCAUCAUCACGUCUACCAUUCUCUUCAAGGGGUUCAAGGGAACGCCGACGUCCAUCGUCACCGUCGUCAUGGGCUUCCUGACCAUUUGCUCCGGCGUCGUGCUCUUGCAGCUGUCCAAGUCGGCCAAGGACGUGCCCGACGCUGCCGUCUUCACGGGCGAUUUGGAUCAGAUCCACACCAUCGCCGAGCAGGAACAGCCCGAGACGGAGCCCAAGGCAGACGCGAUCCGCGGGACGGCGGCCAUUGUGCGGCGCAUCUCGCAGGCCCGCCAGCGCAUGGAGGCGGCGGAGCUCAAGCGCCUGCACGAGGAGAAGAUGGCCGAAUCCAUGGCCCCCAUCAACGAAAACGAGCCGCCUCAGUAUGAGUGGGAUGGACUGAGGAGGCGGCGCACGGUAGCCUCGAGCAUGCGCGCGCGCUCGGCGACCUCUCCGCCCCCGGUGACGCCGCCGCCGCCUCGCAGCCCGCACCUACCCCUGGGCAUGUCACGGCUGCCCACGGCCGAAGAGGAGGAGGAAUUCGCAGCGCAACAGCGGGCUGGCUUCUCCCCAGGCAUCCUGGGCGUCUUCCGUGGCCGAUCACGCACGGACGCCACGAGAGUACUGUAUGCCGAUGGCCACCACGACGGCCACGAUGACCACGACGACCACGACGACGCACACUACGGCGAUCGCCAUGGGGGCCCAGCGCAGGCGCAGAGCCCCAUGCACCCGGUCCCGCUGACGGAAAUCAUUGUACCGCGCUACCACUCGGACGAUGUCGUCCCGGCGUCGCACGCACGCCACAGGGACCACUUCCUGGAGAACCAGGACACCGAGUACCACGGCGCGAAGGGAGUCGGCGCUCAGAGCCUGGCGCCCACGCCGCCGCCGCACUCGGCCAGGCGUCAGUUCUCUUUCCAGCGGGUCUUUCGGCGCCACACGGAGCCGACCGAGGAGGAGCGAAUGGGGCUGGUCAAGGACAAGGAAGGGGAGGGAGACGGGCCACCGGCGUACAUAUAA